GGUCCGCUGGUCCCGCUGGUCCCCGCUGGUCCCGCUGGUCCCGGUCCCGGUUCUGAGGGGCCCGCUGGUCCUGCUGGUCCUGAUCCUGGUCUCGGUCCUGGACCUGGACCCGGUCCAGGCCGGUCCCCCUACCAGGCCGUCCUGCAGCACAGCCGGAUCCGAGGCCGCCAGCAGGGACCCAACGUGUGUGCGAUGCAGCAGAUUCGAGGCUCCGACAAGAAAUACUUCACCAACUGCAAGCAGUGGUACCACCGGAAGAUCUGCGGGAAACCCACGGUCAUCACCUACGAGUGCUGUCCCGGGUACGAGAGGAUCCCGGGAGAGAAGGGCUGCCCCGCCGCGCUGCCGCUGGUGAACAUCUACAACACGCUCGGCGUGGUCGGCGCCUCCACCACGCAGAUGUACUCGGACCGGGCCGAGCUGAGGCCCGAGAUCGAGGGGCCCGGCAGCUUCACCUUCUUCGCCCCGAGCAACGAGGCCUGGGCGGCGUUACCGGUGGAGAUCCUGGACGCGCUGGUGAGCAACGUGAACAUCGAGCUGCUCAACGCGCUGCACUACCACAUGGUGAACCGGCGGCUAACGUCGGAGGAGCUAAAGCACGGAGCCUCGUUCCCCUCCAUGUACCAGGACGCAGGCGUGCAGAUCCACCACUACAGCAACGGGGUAGGCACUAGGACCCAGAACCAGAACGCAGGCGUGCAGAUCCACCACUACAGCAACGGGAUCGUGACGGUGAACUGUGCCCGGCUGAUCAAACCGGACCAACACGCCACCAACGGGAUCGUCCACGUGGUGGACCGGGUCAUCACGGCCGUGUCCAACGACAUCAUGUCCUUCAUCGACGUGGACGACGACCUGGAGACGCUACGGACGGCCCUGGCUGCUGCCGGACUCACCUCCCUGCUGGAGAGCGACGGUCACUACACCGUGUUCGCUCCGACCAACGAGGCCUUCGAGAAGAUCCCGCCGGAAACCCUGAACCGGAUCCUGGGGGACCCGGUGGCCCUGAAAGACCUGCUGAACUACCACGUGCUGAGGAACCUGCACUGCUCCGAGUCCAUCGUGUCGGGCUCCCCCAUGGAGACGCUGCAGGGAACCGUGCUGGAGGUCGGCUGUGACGGGAGUCACAUGACCCUCAACAAGAUGGCCGUCGUCACCAAGAAGGACCAGCUGGGAACCAACGGAGUUCUGCACUACAUCGACACGCUGCUCAUCCCCGACUCAGCUAAGACGCUACUGGAGCUAGCUGAGAGCUCCUCCGUUUCCACGGCGACCAGGCUGUUUGUGGAGGCGGGACUUUCCUCCCACCUGAGCGGCUCGGAGGCCCUGACGCUAUUGGCUCCCCUGAACGACGCCUUCAAAGGAAGUGUGUCCAUGACCUCUGACCUCCGGAAACUGCUGACCAACCACAUCCUGAAGGAGCAGCUUUCGUCCAAGUCUCUGUACCACGAGCAGGAACUGGAGACGCUGGGGGGCCUCCGGCUGCGGGUGUUCGUGUACCGCAACAACCUGUGCAUCGAGAACAGCUGCAUCGCGGCUCACGACAAGACGGGUCGUUUCGGCUCCAUGUUCACGGUGGACAAAGUCCUGACGCCCCCGACGGGAACCAUCAUGGACGUGCUGAAGGCCGACGACCGCUUCAGCCUGCUGGUGGGAGCCGUCCAGACCUCGGGGAUGACGGAGCUGCUGAACCAGCCGGGGAAACUGACCGUCUUCGCUCCGACGAACCGGGCCUUCAGCGCCGACCCGGGGGAGCUGGACCGGAUCAUGCGUGACCCCCAGCUCGGGUCCCGGGUCCUGGGCCUCCACGUGGCCCAGGGGGUCCUGGUCUCGGGGGGCGUCGGCUCCUCCACCAGACUGACGCCGCUGCAGGGGGACAAGCUGGAGCUGGGCGUGAGAAACUACACCGUCUACGUCAACAAGAUUCCGGUUGCCGACGCCGACCUGAUGGCGACGAACGGGGUCGUCCACGCCGUCGACGCCGUCGUCAGGACGCUGUCCCCGAAAGUGGAACAAGAGCAGAAUGAUGCACCUUCAACCAGGGUGGACAGUCGCAGCUUCAGGAACGACGACCUCUUCCAGAAGGUUCUGAGGAGCAGCUCCAGCAGGACGGUGGUGCAGUGAGGAAGAGGAGGAGGAAGAGGAGGAAGAGGAGGAAGAGGAGGAGGAGGAGGAAGAGGAGGAGGAGGAGGAGGAGGAACAGGAGCAGGGUCCACCAGAACCGGAGGACCCGGAGGAGGACCCGGGUCUCUGAGGGUCCUGGAGGUCUGGAUUCUCCACCUGUGAUGAAGAAGAAGAAGAAGAAAGUUCCACUGCCUUUUUACAGUCGUGUUGUAACCUGUUUACCGGAAACAGAGCUUUAAUAAAGUGUUGGUUUGUUUACGUC